AUGUCCAACAGCAGAACUAUCAUGGAAGAUAAAACAGUCAUUGCAGUCAUGCACCAACAAACACAGAUUUUAGAUUCACCGACACUACCGAAACCCUCGUCACUGUUGCCGUUCAAUCUCAAGAAAUGUCUGUCGUCCAACGAUAUACUGACUCCACCACAAUCGCCACUGGUCCAUCCAAUUCUCUCUCACCAAAACAACGUACGAUCACCUCUACCCAAUCCAAAAUUCAAUCUCGAACAAAUCGAUGAACAGGAACAUGAGAAGAGCAACAACAGAUCUUCGAACACUCCAACUCCAAGCUGCGUCUCAACCUCUUCAUCUACCUCUGCCACUCACACACCAUCCUCACCCUCACAUCCACCAUUAGUAGCAUCAAUUUCCUGUGGUUCAAUACGUCAUAACAAUAACAGCAAUAAAAAUAAGAAAUCAACAACAACAACAACAACAAUAUCUAAUAAACAGAGUGAAAUAUCUUCAGAUGAAGAUGACGAUGAUGAUGACGACGACCUCGAUGAAGAAGACGACGAAUCUUCUUCCACUGAAGGACUACAUUCAUCGACUACAGCAUUCUCAACCUCAACAUCUUCAAACUUUUCAUUGUCAUCGUCCGUCGUCGACUGUGCUACUGCGUGUCAAACUUCCAGCGUCACAUCCUCUCAUUACAAAAGUCCUACGUUUUCCACUGUGUCUGACGAUCAAGGAGACACUGGAUCGCAUCCACGAAUGCGUUCAUCUAGACAACCGUAUCAACCUGAUUAUCAUCCACAAACAAUCGAUUCUUCCACAUCAACACCUACUUUCCAACUACUUUGUAAACGACGACGGCAUUCUACCGAUGAUCGAAAUCAAAGAGGUCACCUCAAUGUCGUCGUCCACCUCGAUUCUGGGCAACUCGAACAACUCUAA